AUGAAGUCUACCCCUCUCCUCUCGCUCGUCUCCCUCUCUGCAACGGCCCUCGCAGCCGGCUGCAACGUCGAAGGCAACCUCUUCCAGCUCCAAGCCUUCCAAACCCGCGACGACGGCUCGCGCCGCACCGGCAGCGUCCAAGUUGCCCAAAUUGGCGACCUGGGCACCGAAACCCUUGCCCACUUCAGCGCCUCCUCCGCCGGCGGGCCUGAAACCUCCACCGCAGUCUUCUACCUCAACACCGACAACAACCGCCUCAUCGUCCUCGACCCCUUCGGCCUGCUGCACGCGUCAAACAGCUACACUGACGCGGCGGAGGGCGGCGAACUGAAGUUCACCUUCUACAAUGACACCAGCCGGCCCGAGCCGUACCACUGGCCCGUCUUUGGGAUUAGCGAGGCAGAUGAUGGGGAGUACUUGACUGUUGAUGGGGAUGCGGCUGCCUUCAAGCAUUGUCCUACUGAUGCGGAGAGUUCGCUGCUCACUGGGUCUAUUGCGCUGGGCACGGCGGAUGUUGGCAAGGACUGUGUGCCCCUGGACGGACUGAAGAUUUACCCUGUUACCUCGCAGAUUAGCCAGGAGUAG